ACGUUCGCAGCGUGAACACGGAAAUAUUAAUAACUUAUAAUUAUUAUAAAAGUUUUAAUAUUAAAAUUAAUUUAAUAAAUUAUUUACUUCUGGUGAUUAAGUGAAAAAUUAAGAACUGAAAAAUGAAGACUAUCAUAGUAUUCUCCGUGGUGAUGAUGGGCUGCCUCGCACAAAGGUCGCCGUACGCUGGCCGGCUACCCAUCGGGUUUCCCUACGUUCCACCUGCAACGGCCCCGGCGCCAUCAUCAGAUUUGAGUAACAGAUUUGGAGAUAGUGAAGCUGGCACCACAACCACAAUCAGACUACCUCUUGAAGCUCUCGGUGACGCAGAACUAGUGCAAAGGUUGAGCAAGUUGCCUAUCGACCAGCAACCCUUCUGGCUCAUCAACUGGAGAGCCUUGGAACAAAACAGGAACAACCCACAGACAUACCCACAAAGAGAAAAUAGCUUUGUCGAUAACGUCUCCAACUCUCUUCUUGUUAGUUAAAAAUAGAAUAAAGAACAAUUUUAAUUUUAGAACUUAACAAGCCAAAAACAAAAGACUGUAUUCAAAUUAUCAUUUUGUUCUUAAAAUUCUUGUCAUUAAUUUAAAUUUAGACCAACUCAUAUUCUGGAAUGUAAGAUCGAAUUUUAAAUUCAAAGACUAAUGACCGUUGAGUGAUAAUUAAUGACACCGCAAAUGGUUUUAAAAUCACUAUUAUUAGAGUCUGCAUAUUUUAAUUAAGUGACCAAAGUAUUAGAAAGAAUGACAUCAAUUAUAAUCAAGGUCUUUACAAUUAAACGAAGACUGCUUAAGUUAAGAUACCUAAUAUAUUUUCGAUGAAAAUAGUCAAAAUUUUAUAUAAGAUUACCUGUAAUAAAAUAAGUAAUAUCGAA